UUUAUUUCUCUUAUUAUUCAAUCAUCAUGUAUUUUGAAAAUGGUAAUCGUAGAAAUACAAUGAUUUCUGCUUAUUCAUCUUCAUCACAAACAUCUAUAAGGAUCAAAUUAAUAUGGAGACAAGUCUCUAAUGUAUUUCGAAAUUCAUCAGGCAAACGAUCAUCAGUUAUGAAUAGUAACAGAACAUCAUCAUCAGCAGCAGAAUCAGCACCAGUAUCAGCAUUAUCAUUAUCAUCUUCAUCGUCAUCAUCAUUGUCAACGCGAUCAUCUAUGGAAACAUCACCAAAUACGUCAAGGGCAAAUCAACGUCACCAUCAUGUACGAAAAAAACAAUGGAUAGAUAGGAAUAGUGCCAUCUCAGAUAUUACGAUACCUCCUUUCAGUCCCACGUAUUGUAAACCGAAUGAAUUUCCAUAUUCCAAUUUUUAUAUCAAACUACCCAAUGGUAAAUGGAUGGUUCGUUAUCGAUCUGGUAAUCGUGAUAUUCUUCGUACUGAUCAAUUCGAAGAUGACGUACUGAAACCAGCGGAUGCCAAAGGAUGA